AUCGAUUAUCUGUCAUUACGUGGCUUGGCAUCAGCACUGUCCGAUUGAAAACAAGAAAUCAUAUUUCUAGGAAUUAUUAUUAAAUUAAUUUAUACAUAAUGCAGUGUUUGUGGCGAAUCUUAUGGUUAGCGGCCCUUAUAAUAACUAUCUCAUUCAAAACAGCCAAAUGUUAUACAAUAACAGUCGACGCGCACGCCGAAGAAUGCUUUUUCGAAAAUGUUGAUGCAAACACUAAAAUGGGUUUGACAUUUGAGAUAGCUGAAGGAGGUUUCCUUGAUAUAGAUGUAACCAUCACUGGUCCAGAUGGUUCCGAAUUGUAUCGUGGUGAGAGGGAAUCUUCUGGCAUGUACACAUUCUCUGCACCCACUUCGGGUAGAUACACAUACUGCUUCAGCAACAAAAUGUCUACUAUGACUCCUAAGGUAGUGAUGUUCAACCUAGAAAUUGGAGAUGUACCAAAUAAGGACGAGCAGAAAGGAAGCGAGGUUGACCACAACAAACUGGAGGAUAUGAUCAAAGAACUCGCUACCACACUCAAGACAGUCAAGCAUGAACAGGAUUACAUGCAGGUCAGAGAUCGCAUCCAUCGCUCCAUCAAUGAAAGCACAAACUCUAAAGUGGUGGUGUGGUCUAUCUUCGAAGCGGGAGUGCUCCUCGUAAUGACACUGGGACAAGUUUACUACCUGAAGAGGUUCUUUGAAGUGCAACGUGUUGUGUAACAGUUUUUUUGUUUUUAUUUAUUCAUCACACUGUACAAAGGAGAUCAAUUUAUGUUUAAAUGGACAGUGUGACAGAGGUUGUUGCUUAACUACUGUGAUGUAUGAGUUGACAUAACUAUCGACCAGUUCACUUAUAAAGAAAAUAUAUUGAAUCUCGCUCCCAUUUCAUGUUUUUAUUUAAUCGUUUACGAAGACUGACCAUCUGUUCAAACAUUACGCAUAUCAUGUAACUUAUUUCUUUUCCUUGAACCUACUCAUUAUAUUUUUAUUUAUAACUGUUAGCAUAUAUAUUUCAUAGUAAUUAAUUACAAAUGAAAUCAAUGUAAUUUCGGGAGCGAGUGAUAUCAGAUUUUACUUCCAUUCUGAUCUGAAGCGAGUGUGAGUAUGUGUGCGCGGAGUAUGCUAGUAGUUACAAAUUGUAAUAAAU